CAUCAUGCGACAACAAAUCGUGCGGUAUAUUAUAAAUUUUAUUUUAAAGGUCCUUCUAUUUGGAUUAUCAACACGAUUUAGACUUGCAAAUGGAUUUGGAUUUAAUUUUACACCAGCAGCGCCACCAGCUAUUCCACUAUCGGUUGCUGCUAAUUCACCAUUUCCGUUUCCUUUUCCAGCACCAUGUGGUGCAGCACCAUUUUGUCCUCCUCCCACAAUAGUCGUAGCACCACCUUUUGGUGCGCCACCACCAUUUUUUCCACCACCUGCUUAUCCACCUCCAUAUCCUUAUCCAUAUCCUCCAUCUCCAUAUCCUUAUCCUCAACCUGACCCAUAUCCAAAACACACAUUGUUUUCAACCAUCUUAGAUGCGAUCUUAUCAAGGAAGACUAAAUCUAUGCCUAUGUCUAUGCCACCACCACCAAUGAUGCAACAUCAACCUCAGCAUUCAAGAAUUCAAGUACAUUUAAUAAAAGAUUCCGGAGGACAUGAUCAUAGAAAACAAAACCACCAUCAGAAUCAUCAAAAUCAUUGGCGUGACGAGAAACCAAGAUGGAAUUAAAAUUAAAUUUAAAAUGUUAUAAUUUAUUUUGUUCUUUUUUAAUUUAUUAUGAAUAGUUCAUUUAAGUCUUACAAAUAAAAUAAUAUUGCAGUAUUAAACAAAAA